GUGACUUGCCACGGCAGCCUGUCUCCUGUUCCUUCUGUGUUUAUCAGGAAGGGUGCCAGGAACCAGGGAGACCUCAGAAGCAUCUCUCACCCCAGGACCUGAUUCUGUGUUGUAGCCCAAGGACCCGCGGGAGGAAUGGCACCGGCUGUGGUCCGGCUCUUGUUCCUCCAGCUCGUUCUAAGGCCAAGUCUGGUGAUGGGCAGCAGGAUGCAGACCGCCAUCAAGAACUUUCGCACCUUAUAUAUCGACUAUCCCAGGGUUCACUAUCCAAAGGGUUUCCAUGGCUACUGUAAUGGCCUUAUGGCCUACGCGGGGAAACUGCAAGACUGGCACUGCCCUAAGGUCCAUUAUGUAGUCCAUGCCCCUUGGGAAGACAUUAUGUACUGCAAGUACAGUGAGAACUUCUGUGAGAAUUACAAUGAAUACUGCACUCUCACUGAGAGCUCCUGCCCUCUCACAGUCUGUACCUUGGGCGCUCAACAGCCAGCACCCAGCUGCAGCUAAAAUACCCUGACCAACCACAGGCUCCACCUCUACCUCUUACAAGCCUCUACAGGCCAUCCCAAGGCCACUUCCCAAACCCCAAGUCUUGCAGCAAGUCUUCCUGACUUCUCACUCAGGCAGAGCUCAUCCUUCAGGCUCUUACAGCCUUCUCAUGACCCCACCACCAUCUUCCCUCUCCCAGGGACAGGAAAACCCACCCAAGAUGCUGACUGUGUCCAGCUGGCGGUGCUUGUCCAUCCACUGGGCCAGAUUCUGACUUCUGGAUGGGCCCAGGACCCCAGCUCAUGCCAUGGUAACUGGCCUCCUGCUCAGGUAUCUCUCCCUGCCCCCACUGUCGCUCUCAGCCUUUGAGCCUCCAUGGCUCCCAUUUCCCUUAGAACUCCUGCCACUCUGCAGCCAUAGAAACCUCCCUAGGACCCUUAGGCCCGCUUUGCCUCACUUCCCCACGUUCCUCCUCACCCCAGCCUCCAGCCUGCUCUUCUCUGUGAAGUGACAUUUCCCUUUCAUAUGUAGCCUGUACUUGUCUCCUGCCUUCUACCACAGAGCCUAGCGCUGCUUCUUUGUGUUACUCCGCACAGCCAUUAGUUGUCCUAUUUUCCCUUAUUCAAACAUUCUCCAUCUACCUCUCACCUUGGCCCCCUGGGAUCUCAAAUGAUCUUUUCUCCUCUGUUCCUCCCAAGGACCCUGAAUCCUUUUCCUUAUAUCUCUUCCCAACAUUUCCCAGACUCCAGAGUCUGCUGCUCAGGUGGCAGCAGAUGAGGCAGACCCAGUUCUCCUCAUGGAAAGUUCACAAACCACUGGGGGAAACUGGGCAAAAGGUUCAAGAGACCUCUCUGUGCCGAUUUUUGUAAUUUCUUGUG